AUAUAUUCAGAGAUUUAUGCGUGUAUAAUAUAUGCGUGAAUAUAACCUAUACAAUUUAUCUUCUUUCAAUAUUCCUUCUUUUUCGCCCGUUACUUGUUAUUUUAUUUAUCUGUAUCGUCGCUGUUUUUAAUUUAUUGCAUCAAACAAUUCGGGAGAAAUGAAUUCAAUCGUGUCGUGUAAAUUUUUAUUGUAAAUAAGCGAUUGGAAAACAGCACUCAAAUCACUUUGUGUCUCUAAUUUCUCGGCUGAAUAUUUCUGCAAAUUUGAUUUUAUAUGUAAUAUCUUGUAAUGAUGCCGAUGUUGGAAUCAAUGGAUCUGAAAUCAUAUAUAUUCUCAUUGGGAAAGGAUGGAAAGAGACUGUUAAAAUGGAUAAACAGAUGCGAAAAGUCUGGUUAUACUUGAUAGACAUACUUGAGUGACUGGUUCAGAUGGCGCAGUAUUCUGAUAAGAAUGUAUUAUAUAUAUAUAAUAGUAUAAUGUACGUAGCUUCAGUACUGCUCAGUACGAUGAGUGAAGGUAACAGGAGCGUCACUAUGGAGCAAUCAGUCUGUCUGGUUAUAGGAUGAUAUCUUUUUUGUCAUAAAUAAUUAAACGGAUAUCAGAUAUAUAUAUAUAUAGAAUUUUCUUAACUUGUUGACAUAUAAUUACUGAGUUACAACAAUUAUUUAUGAGACAUGUAUUGGCUCAAGAUUUCAUGCAUGUUAUGCAUGUUUGGAUGUUUUAAAGACUUUCGGCCCUCUGAAUCAUUUUUGACCGAUUAUUUGACUGGACCGUGGAAAAAUUUUACAGCCGAUCAAGUGAAUCAUGAGAUCUAUCCUGUGACCACGUAUUGCUACUCAUUGACGUUAAUACUUAUGUUCCUGAUCACAGAUUUUAUUAGAUACAAACCCAUCAUAAUACUUUGUGGUCUCUCCGGCGUUAUAACUUUCCUUCUGAUACCACUCGGAAGGAUCGUACUAGUUUUACAGAUUUCGAAAUUCUUUUUCGGCCUAUUUAUGUCUGCUGAAGUAGCGUAUUAUACUUACAUAUAUGCAAAGGUAGAUAGAGUACAUUAUCAAGAGGUCACAAGUCACACUAAAGCGGCUUCUUUAUUUGGACGGAGCAUGUCUGGCAUCGUAGCUCAGUUAACAGCUUCCUUCCAUUUGUUAAAUUAUCAUCAACUCAAUUAUUUAACUCUUUCAGCUUUUAUCAUUGCGACAUUCUGGUCACUCUUUCUGCCUUCCGUGGGUCAUUCGAUUUAUUUUCAUAGUGAUAAGUGUGAUGACAUUUCCGAUGAUGAAGAGAAUUCCAAUGCUACUGUACAGACGACGAAUCAAUCACAACAAGUGUUGAGUAAUUCACGGAAAUCGCGUGACAAAAGUAGCAAAACGAAGCCAGGCACAUUGUUUCAUAAAAUCAAGAAUGCAUAUGCGUUGCUGUGGAAACACUUCGUGCUAGCUUACACUAAUUAUCGUGUGAUCAAAUGGUCGGCCUGGUGGGCUUUAUCUACUUGUGGUUAUCUUAUGGUUGCCACUUACUCACAAUUGUUAUGGCAAACUGCAGUGAAGCCGGGCGAUAUGAUUUACAAUGGGGCUGUGGAUUUUGCAUACGCGAUCUUAGGUGCAGUAAUGGUUUUUUCUGUAGGAAAGAUACCAUUUAACUGGGUUCGGUUCGGAGAUCCAGUCUGUUCUGUAUUUGCGUUUGUAGAAGGCUCUAUACUUUUGAUGUCUUCUUAUAGUUACAACAUUUGGGCCUUAUAUGCCGGCUAUAUUGUAUUUGGCGCAAUUUAUCAUACUAUGGUCACUGUCGCAAGCUUUGAGGUCGCUAAAUGUAUAUCCGAUGAUAGUCAUGGCUUAAUAUUCGGCGUGAACAUAUUUCUUGCAUUAUUGUUGCAAAGCCUACUGACGCUUAUUGUCGUCAAUACGAUCAUGCUAGACAUCAGACAGCAGUUCCUCGUCUUUAGCAGCUAUUUUAUGGCCUUGGCUAUGAUAUAUAUUGUGCUGAGUGUAAUCAACAUUCUGCGAUAUCGUAGAAUAGCGAAUUUUGUUGAAAUAAACGGAAUAAACCAAAGAGAAAUAUGAAAUAAGGAUCUUUGGAUCGAAUCUCCCAAGGAGCCAUAUUACAAGACAAUCGCAAGACUAACCACGCCUCCAUUCUCUAGUAGCGAAUUUCGUUGAAAUUAAUGAAGGAAAAAAAACAGAUUGUAUUUAUAGAUAUAUUUUUCACAAUAAAUUUUAUAAAAAAUUAA